AUGGGUAUCUUGGCCGCCGUCCUCCUCUUGCUUGAGUUCUUCUUCCUCCGAGAAUCCCUUGUGAAGGAUGAGAGUGGGAAGCUGGUUUCCAGAGUGAAGAAGGUUGAAGAGGAGAAUGUGGAGUACCCCAAAAACAAAUGGCUUAUCCCGACUGUCAUCUGCCUCGGGAUCGCCGCCUUCUGCAGACAAUACGUCUAUCUAACAUGGAACACCGUUUUCGGUUUAUUGGGAGCUGACCGCUUCCACCUCUCCUCGUCCAGCAAUGGUGUGGUGAUGGGCGUGCAAGCCGCUGUGGCGAUCGUGGCCAACAUAAUCUACGUCCCUCUCACACGUUACUUGGUCCCUGCCCGUAUUGGGUUCAUUGGUCAGAUUAUAUGUGUGGUCGUUAUUGCUGUACCUUGGAUUUAUAAUCUCUAUGCAGCUGUCUUCCUUGGCAUGUUGGUCAACAUUGGGGGUAACCUUUAUUUCGGCGGCCUACCUUACUUUAAUGCUGUCAUCUCCCCGCCGAAGAAAAGGGGGCUGAUAAACUCUCUCGUCAUUGCUAUGUCCAACGCCGGCGGUAUUUGUGGUCCACUUCUGGCCGGAGUUCUCUACGAUAUGAGUCCCGUUCAUCAUGCCUAUCCAUUCUAUAUGAGCACUGCUAUGGCUGUUAUCGGAGCAGCGUCUU